CGCACUUUCUGAUUUUGCUGUGGCCGUGUAUUAUAUCUAUCUUACACAGAGGAGCCUUGAAUUUUUUUUUCUCUCUCCUUUUUUUAGUUCGACUUUGUUUUAUAUACUUGUCCUGAGCAACAGACAAGAUGUCUUCCGAGUCGCGAUUAUACGCCUUCUCCCCGGAGACGAAAGAGAAGCUACGCAAGUUCCGCUUGGGAACCUCGCGCGCAAAGGAUCCCCAGGCCGUAAUCUACAUCAUCGAUAGCAAGAGCCAGGAAAUCCGAGCAGAAGAUGGCGAAGUCUACACGAAAAUGGAGGACCUAGCGGAUGAGCUCCCCGAUUCAUCUCCCCGAUUCAUCCUCCUCAGCUAUCCUUUGACCAUGGCCUCCGGUCGUCUCGCAGUCCCCUACGUCCUCCUAUACUGGCUCCCCGAGAACUGCAACCCAACAAUGCGAAUGACAUACGCUGGCGCCGUAGAACUUAUGCGAAAUACAGCCGAGGUCAACCGUGUGAUUGAGGUCGAGCAGGAGGAUGAUAUCAUAUCCAUCGAGUCGCGACUCAAGGGUGCAGAGUAGUUUAAGCUUCGUCAAGUUUUUCUUCCUUUUUUUGGGUGGUAUUUCGCGGCAGUGAUCAAACACACACACACACACACACACAUACUUAUAUAUCCCAGCGUGCAGUUUAUGGCAGAUAAUUUUAGUGACAGGACGGCGUUGUAGUUUGGAUGACCAUUGCGCUUCCCACUUGACGUAACCUAUACACUGUGCUAGUGUAUUUGAAUGGGGGAAUGCAUCGAGCAAUAUUCUGCUUUAUUUAGGCUUGAUCCCCAAGAUAAACUUCUCCCUAGCUAGAGCACGCAAUUAUUAGAUGACCA